AUGGCCUUAAAAGAAGACAUGACGUCCACGACCUGUCCGACAACAACAAACAACAAUAUCAAUUCUGGUGAGAAGAUGGAGAAUAUCUCAACUCAAAAUUCAGUAUUGAUCACAACAUCCUAUCUAUUAUCAAAUCUUCAUUGUCCCUCGUGUGUUUCAAAUAUUCAAAAGUCCCUUUACGCAUUGAGUCCUCGGCCAAAAGAUGUUACUCCAUCUCUCAUGUCUUCAUGGGUGACUGUCCAACACGAUAAAAGUCUAUCAACUGAAGUUAUUCGGAAGGCGUUGCAAUCUGCUGGAUUUGAAGUGUGCGAUGUUACGUCUGAGGAGUACGGCAGUCUUGCAAGAUCGCAUAUACAACAUGACACCGAUACAGGUUACCUAGACCAAGUGCUUCAAAAAUGGUCAGCUACCAGAAGACCCCGAAGACAAUUUUCAUCGUCAUACUUUGAUUCGAACUAUGAACGGCACUUGGAGAAUUGUGAAAUUUGUCGCCAGGACGCCACGGGAGCGAAUCAACAAAAUGUUUCAAAGAAUUUGGGACAAUCAAGUAUACUUUCAGAGCCGCCAUAUAAUAAUACAAGUGAUGGUAGGAACGAUGGUACCACAGAAAGUUCCGGCAAAAGAAUGGAACCUUUGGUAGUCGUUGAUUCCAUCGAUUCAGUUCCUCAGACAUUUCGAGCAUCGCUGGCUAUUGGUGGUAUGACAUGUGCCGCUUGUGCCAAUAACAUCGUGCUAGGACUAAAGAAGAAGUCCUGGGUGAGGGAUGUCGUUGUUAAUCUCAUCUCGAAUAGCGCUACAGUUGACUACGCCGAUGAGAAAUACACAUGUCAAAUAGUUGAAGAGAUAGAGGAUCUUGGUUAUGAUGCGGCCUUGGAUAGUGUUAUCAAUUUGAAACCCGAGCCUCAAAAACAAAAAGUGACGAGGACGGUUGAGAUUAUGGUAGAUGGCAUGUAUUGUGAUCAUUGCCCUCCUCGAAUCAACAACAGUCUGAUCAGUUUUGGCGAUCGCAUUACCCUAGACAGAGCCUUGAGUUUAGAGAACCCAAUACUAAAAAUAACUUACACCCCAUCGGCACCUACUUUCACAAUCAGGCAGAUUCUUUCCAAAAUCUCCAACGUCGAAGAAGGAUUUGUACCGACAAUAUAUCAUCCACCGACUAUCGAAGAGCGGUCUCAAAUAAUCCACAAAAGGGAGCAACAAAGAAUAUUACUUCGAGUUAUCGUCACUUUUAUCAUCGCCAUUCCCACCCUCCUUAUCGGUAUCAUUUUCAUGAGUGUGGUACCGCCAUCCAAUACAAUCAGACAUUAUUUUAUGCAGCCACUUAGAGCCGGCGUCGAUCGUGCACAAUGGUCUCUUCUCGUCAUGGCUACGCCGGUAUACUUUCUUUGUGCCGAUGUCUUCCAUAGAAGAGCUCUGAAGGAAAUACGCUCGUUAUGGAGACCUGGCAGCACGACACCAAUUUUUCAAAGAUUCUAUCGUUUCGGAAGCAUGAAUAUGCUCAUGUCACUAGGUACUACGAUUGCCUAUGUAUCAUCUGUGGCUCAAUUAAUCGCCGCUGCAUCUCAUCCGACUGCUAUGGUGGAUGAUAGCUCUUUCUAUUUUGAUUCAGUCGUCUUCUUGACCUUAUUUUUACUCGUUGGCCGUCUUAUUGAAGCUUACAGCAAGUCAAGAACUGAUGACGCUGUGACUAUGUUAGGGAAGCUACGACCCACAGAAGCACUUUUAAUUGUCCCGAAUCUAUCAAACGAACCGGACGGGGAUUUUCUUGUUCCAUACUCUGAUGAACAUUCAGGAACCACCUCGGGUGAACAAAGCUCUAUCAGAAGCGUCAACGUUGAUUUGCUUGAGUUUGGUGAUACUAUCAAGGUUUUACAUGGUGGCUCUCCAGCAUGCGACGGCAAAGUUAUCAAGGGAGAGACUAAAUUCGAUGAAUCGAGUUUGACCGGAGAGGCAAAGUUGGUCAAGAAAAGUGCGGGAGAUAAAGUGUUUUCUGGAACAGUCAACAAGGAAUCCCCAGUAACAGUCAAGAUUACUGGAGUCGCUGGAUCUUCAAUGCUCGAUCAAAUCGUCAUGGCAGUUCGUGAGGGACAAACUAAAAGAGCACCCAUGGAACGAAUUGCAGAUACUCUAACCGGUUACUUUGUACCUGUCAUUACCCUCAUUGCCAUUCUCACUUUCAUUGUUUGGCUAUCUCUCGGACUUUCAGGAGUCUUACCAGACGAUUAUCGUGGCUCUAGGGGUUGGGCUGUUUGGUCUCUUCAAUUUGCUAUAGCUGUUUUUGUUGUUGCAUGCCCUUGUGGUCUAGCACUAGCCGCUCCUACUGCACUAUUCGUUGGUGGCGGUCUUGCAGCACAUCACGGCAUUCUAGUAAAGGGUGGCGGCGAGGCAUUUGAGAAAGCUAGUAAGCUCGAUUGUGUGGUAUUCGAUAAAACAGGCACCUUGACUCUAGGAGGCGAGCCAACCGUCACAAACUUUGAAUUUGUCUCAGACAACAAAAACAAUCUGAUUGUCUCAAGCGGCCAGAGUAGCUCAAACAUUCAGAUUGUUCAAGGCGAUGACAAUGCUCCAAACAAUGACAUUAUCUCAGGUAAUCUGAUUGUCCCAACGAACAACAAAGAACAAGAUCUUUUAAAUUUGAUCAAGGUCGCCGAAGAAAAUAGUAGCCAUACCGUGGCCAAAGCCAUUGUCUCAUUCUGUGUCAACAACUCAAAACCAUCCUUCAAAGCCUUCACAGAUAUCGAAGAAAUGCCGGGUUACGGGAUGAGAGCUAGCUUUAGUAGCGGGAAAAUGCUAAUUGGGAACGAAUCACUUAUGACACAAUAUGGAGUCAAGAUUGCCCCUGUUCAACAAUCUCGCUUCGAUGUAUGGAAACAGCAAGGCAAAUCGGUAGCACUAGUAGCUUAUUCUACGUUGAAUAUGCCCUACAAACUUACGGCCAUAUUUGCAAUCUCUGAUCCAAUUCGUCCAGAGGCUAUUUCUAUUAUCUCAGCCCUGAAAGCACGUGGUACGGCUGUCUGGAUGCUUUCCGGCGAUAAUCAAACUACGGCCAAUGCUAUUGGACAGCAAGUUGGAAUUCCCUCGACCAAUAUCAUAGCUGGAGUUCUCCCUUCCGAAAAAGCAAACCAGAUCUCCUAUCUUCAAAAGUCUCUACCUCCUAAGAAAAAUUCAUCCUCCAAAAGAGCACUCGUAGCAAUGGUCGGCGACGGCAUCAACGAUUCUCCUGCGCUAACCACUGCCGACGUAGGAAUCGCUAUAGGUUCUGGUUCUGAUAUUGCUAUCUCCUCUGCUGAAUUCGUAUUAGUUUCUAGCAAUCUCCAAUCCCUAAUUACGUUGUUGGAUUUGAGUAAAAUGGUCUUUCGAAGGAUCAAAUUCAACUUUGGUUGGGCUCUGGUUUAUAAUUUGAUAGCGCUGCCGGCAGCAGCAGGGAUAUUCUAUCCAAUUAUUACGGGGGGAGGAAAACACGUUAGGUUGGAUCCAGUCUGGGCAAGUUUGGCAAUGGCAAUGAGUAGUAUUAGUGUGGUUUUGAGCAGUUUGGCGCUGAGGAGUAGAGUACCGGGACUGGGGUUCAAGGCUAGGAAGAUGGAGGAGUGA